AUGUCACAACAACAAGUUGAAGAGAUCAUGAAAAGAAUUAACAGCCACAAAGGCGUCAAAGCUUUAAUAAUCAUAAAUAAAGAUGGUCUUUUGCUGAAAACAAACAUGGAGAUGAAUGCGACAACGGAGCAGUUGAUUAAAAACAUUCACGAGUUAUCUUUAGCUGCAAGGCGAUUGAUCCGAGAUGUGGAUCCUCACGAUGACCUCAUGUUUCUUCGAACCUUGUCAGACAAAGAUGAAAUUUUAAUAUCUCCAGAUGUGAACUUUACAGUCAUAGUGAUCCAGGAACAUUCAGGGGAUGUUUCAAAAGUGGCCUCUGAUGCCUCAUGGACAAGCUAA